AUGGCACAACAACAAAAGAACCAAGCAGAGAACACGCAACCACAAAGCGACUCUGCAUCUCAAAGGCCUGGAAACAUGUCUGGUCGAAGGCAGCAAACUACGGCAUCAUACCAGCCACCGGGUUUGCAACAGAACCACUCCAGCUUGGGGAGCAUAGGGAGACGUGAGACUGCUCACCUGGAGCCACGACCUGAGAAUGUGCGCAACAAUACUACUCGUUUCGACUUACGACCCGAGAAUGCGCGUAGCAGCACCGCUACAACAGGCAUGACCCAAAUGGGUACCAUCCGAAACACACCCACUGCUAGAAAGAGCCAUGCAACUCGUGAAAACGUCAGACAAGAACCACCUCGACGGCCUGAGAAGAAGCAACAACAGGUCGUGGAUAUCGACAAUGAGUACUUUUCAUUGAACCCCUGGUAUAAUGAGCAAAAGGCAAAGCCCGUUUUUGGUUUGGGUGCGCCUCUACCACGCACAGUACGUAAGGGCAUGUGGUGGGGGAGAGGCGAUCUACGCAAGUCUCUGUAUAAGAUCGAUGAUCAAGAUGGAGAUGGUGUCGCCGAACAGGACUUUCAAGACGGAAAGAUUAUGGAGGAAGAUUCGGAAGACUCUGAAGUCACGCUAGGCGGCGGACAACGCCCUGAGCAGCGACGAGACCCUUCACAAUUCCAGACGACGGUCGAUGGCCGUAAUGUCAACAUGAGACGCGUGCCGACAAGUGAAGCUGACCAAGUUCUUGGCCGCAACCGCGGUCAGGACCCCAGCAGCCAUGAACAUCAUGAGGGCCAAGACCGUGCGCCUAUUGACGAACAUGGUUUGGACUACUCUGAUGGACGUGGGGACCGACAGCACUUUGGGUUGCAAGACGGUCUUCCACCGUUACAAGAGCAUGAUACGAAUGUUUCUGCUCAGACCAAGCAGGAAGAGAAAGAGAUACAGCAACGAGAAGAACAGGCAGAACGAGAGUUUUACAACCAGUAUCGGAAUCCUAUCGCUAGAUUCCGAGCCAAGUACCCCCAGGCACCUGCCGAGUUCCUUGCAACUUUCGUCUACCUGCUGCUUGGACUUUGCGUAAAUCUAUCAGUCGCCACGUCUAAACAAAGCACCGGCAGCUUCGAGACCCAAGCUUGGGGAUGGGGUUUUGCGGUCAUGAUUGGCAUCUACCUUGGCGGUGGUGUCAGCGGUUCGCACCUUAGUCCAACGAUUUCAAUCUCGCUAUCCGUCUACCGUGGGUUUCCUUGGAAGAUGGCGAUCGUCUACAUAUUCAUGCAGUUGCUCGCGGGGCUUGCAGCCGGUGCUGUAGCAUACGCACUCUACGCAGAUGCCAUUCACGAAGUAGACCCCGGUCUUACACUCGAGAUGACUGGAAAGGCCCUCUUCCCCCAAGGACCCCUCUACUCCACCGCAACCGGCUUCUUCAACGAUUUCGUCUACAUGGCCAUUUUUGUUUGCGUCAUCUUCGCCUUGGGAGACGACCAGAACUCUCCUCCAGGUCAAGGUAUGACAGCCUUCGUCGUCGGUCUCACCGGCUUCGUCACCAUGGUCGGUUUGGGAUACAACACCGGUCUGGGUAUCUCACCAGCCCGAGAUCUCGGUCCCAGACUUAUCGGGCUAUGGGUUGGAUACGACUCGGCAUUCGAGAAUGGAUACUGGGCCUAUGGGUCUUGGGGUGCUUCCAUUGCUGGUGCCUUGUGUGGUGGUUUGAUGUAUGAUUUGUGCAUCUUCGUGGGUGGAGAGUCGCCUAUUAAUUAUAGGUGGCCGCAGCCGGGGGAUAUCAAGUGGAAGACGAUUGAAAAGAAGAACCAUGCGAAGGAGCAGGCGAAAGAUAAGAUUCACCAGGUGGCGUAA